AUGCAGUUUGAGCGACCCAAGAAGGAUCAAGCUCCAAAGACUCCAGUUUGGACGGCUCUGAUAGUGACGGUGACCUACGGAGUUCUACCUCAUGUCUACGGCGACGGAGAAGGACCUACGGCCAAGGACCCCGAGGGACCGACCCAUCAGAGAGGUCGAUCAGCCCCGACCCUCGACCAAGGACCAUGGACCUCGCACAGCGUCGGCAACCCCAAGUGCAAGAUGCGCCCAUUGUGGUUCCAGGAAGUAUGGAGACUUGGGUUGUUGGAAGAGGCUGACCUGCGAUCGCUGUGGCAAGAAGGGCCAUCCAUCAGAUCUUUGCCUAUUAGUAUGUCGAGGCUGUGGAGAAACCCACGAGGUUGGGAAGUGCCCGAUGGAAGAGUUUUAUAA